AAGAAAGACGCGCGCUCGCGUUUGUCCUUAUAUACAUACUCCUUAUGGCUUAUCCGCAUCCACGACUCUGUAGUCUGUGUGUUGUUAUCACCCCGUGUCUAUGCUCGCGUUAGCCGUUAGGCGUUGCUGCUCUUGCUGCUACCGUCGUUCUCGUCGCCAAUUUUGGGGUAAAGGCCACAAGUUUUCUUUGCUCUUUACUGGCGCAGAGCAAAGACUUUAGAAUGGAAGAGGUACUGACGACUUGCGUCUGCGGCAAUCCAUUCGACCCGGACCAAUUUAUGAUACAAUGCGAUAUUUGCAGAGGAUGGUUUCACGGAAGAUGCGUAGCAGUCAAAGAAUACAUGGCAACAGAACUAGACAAAUUCCAUUGUCCUCAGUGUCAGGAGAAACACGGUCCGUCUCAAAUGAAGGUAAAGCUCAACUGGCAUAGACACAAUUACUCUGAGAUUCAAGCGGAUUCGAAGCCUGUGCAAACUGGUACGCCCGUAUUCAUCCGGGAACUCAAAUCCAGGCAUUUCCCUCGAGCUGAUGAUAUCGUUAAGCACCUGAGAGGACAGCAGCUAACAAUGCAGUACCUGCAGACAAAUGGCUUCGAUAUCCCAAUUAUUGUUGAUAGUAAAGAUGGUCUUGACAUGAUUGUGCCACCGCCAAACUUCAGCCUUUAUGAUAUUGAAAAUUAUAUUGGUGGUGAUCGAGAAAUGGACGUCAUAGAUGUUGCGAAACAAAAUAAUAUGAGAAUGAAAUUAAAAGAUUUUGUUGAAUAUUAUAAUGAUCCUUAUCGAUCGAGGAUCCUUAACCUCAUAAGCCUAGAAUUUACUAAUACUGGACUGUCACCACUGGUUGAAGCACCCUACAUAGCCCGUAAAUUGGAUUGGGUAAACUACGUUUGGCCUCGUGAUUGGCCAGAAGAUAGUGAAUUAAAAAAGCCAGAAGUGCAAAAAUAUUGUCUUAUAGGUGUGAAAGACAGCUUCACAGACUUCCACAUUGAUUUUGGUGGGACUUCCGUAUGGUAUCAUGUUCUACGAGGGGAAAAAAUUUUUUACCUCAUCAAACCAACGCCCGCAAAUCUACAUUUGUAUCAACAAUGGAUGUGCAGUUCUACACAAAGCGAGACUUUUUUCGGUGACCAAGUUGAUGCAUGUUAUAAAUGUGUCUUAAAACAAGGUCAAACAAUGCUAAUUCCAACUGGAUGGAUUCAUGCUGUUCUAACACCUUUAGAUUCUUUGGUAUUUGGUGGUAAUUUUGUACACAGUCUGAAUAUACCAAUGCAAAUUCAAAUUUACGAAAUAGAAAGAAAAAUGAAAACGCCAGCGAAAUUUCAGUAUCCUGGUUUUGAAACCAUCCAUUGGUUUGCAGCUAAACGAUUACUAAAAGAGUUGAAGGAUCUGAAUAGUGAAGAGAAAAAAUGCCCUACUUAUUUUUUACAAGGUGUCAAAGCUUUGCUAAGUAUACUCAAACAAUGGAAUACAGAUAAAGACUACAGCAUGGUGAGCAGAGGACAAAUACCCAAUACGAUAAAUAGUCAAAAAUUGCUCAAAGAUCUAAGUAAAGAAAUCAGACAUGCAGAAAGAUUUUUAAUGGCGCUAAAUCCACCAAAACCGGAACGAGAAAGUAAAAGAAAAAAGAAAAAGCCGUUUAACAAAGAUUUUGUGGAUUUCAAUGUAGCUGAUCGCGUAGCAGAAAAUUCAAAGGUCAAGUCUCCAGUAAAGGAUCAAUCUGCAAAAAAAGACUUGUCUGUCGGUAACAAAACUGCCUCUAACAGACCUCCGCUGAAACUAACGUUACCAAAGCCUGCAACGCUUCCGUAUGUUCAAGAUAAUUUAACAACCGAAAUUUCAACGAUAUCAACUGUCAUAGGGCCUGUAAAAAAAAUAAAAACCCUUAGUCCAAAAAAUUCGAGUAUAAAAAAGUCUACCGCUAACAAAGCAGCGAGCAGUAGUAAAAAAGCAGUUAAUGUCAACAAAAAUGCGAGUAUCAAAAAAGCUGGUAGCAUAAAGAAAAAAACUGUGUGUGAGAGUAAGAAAGCAUUGGUGAAACAUGGUAAACAGAGUCCAACAGUUAUACGGUUUAAGUUAGGGGAUAAAGAAGUCGUGAGAAGUACAAAGGACAAAGGAAACAACGUCUACGGUAACUUCACUCUCGAUCAUGCUGUAGAAACGCGCAAAGAGCUCACGUGGAAGCAAACCAGUUCGGUCUAUGACUUUCACGAUGGCAGCAACGAGAGCGACUACGGAGGUUUCACAAUUGACGAAGCACCGAAGAAGAAGAAAGCUCAAAAACAACAGUUGAGUAGCCUUCCGAAGAAGCUCAAACGAUCGUUUGAGCAAUCUGAUUUGGAAGGAGCGAACAGUAUGCCGAAAAACGGAAUCGAAGAGCUCCUGAAGGCGUCCGCUUACACGUUGGGUGCUAAUGCUCCUAGGCUAGACGUCAUUCCUUCAGGAACAGUAGGAGGUUUUGUUCAACCCGUGCCAACUUCAACGGGUUCUGACAGGGCUUCACCGUCGACGAGAGAUGCCAUUGCUGGGAUGCUGUCGUUCAGCGCGCAGUGUUAUUCCACAACGUCUGAAACAGCUCCAAAACCGGCAAAAGUAUCGAAACUGAAAUCGAUCGUAGAAGAACAUGACGACGAUGAUGACCUCUUAAUUGAGAAUAUGGACAAAGUUCACCAGGAUGACGAUUUUAUUUAUCCAGCGUUAGACGUAUCUGACGAAGACGAAUUCAUGUUUAAGUCGAAAGGCAAAAGAGAGGAAGACGAAGCGUGGAACCCCAAAGCCCGAGUCGGUCCCCUGUUACCCAAGACAAAUCGACCGGCUCGGGAGGGUGCAAAAAAGACCUCUGUGGAAAAGGGACUUGAGGCAGCUGCUAAAAAGCGAUCAAAACAAAGCGAUCUUGAUUAUGAAAUUGAUGAUGAUGAUGAUGAUGACGGUGAUGAUGAUAAUGAUUACAUUGAUGACCAUCCGGAAAAAAUAGUCAAAAAAAAAUUGGGUGCAUCUAAGAGGACAUACAAAAAAAAACGAAAAGAUCAAUUGCUAACACAAGCUGGUGUAGCAGCAGCUGCAGUGCCUAUACCAACGAUAUCAGGAGAAAUGGCAACAGUAAAUAGUGUACCGAUUGCUUCUGCAGUUCCUGUGACUUCCGGUGAAAACGUCGUUAAGCACAUACCUUAUUCAUCAAUUUUAACAAGUCCAAAUAGAUUGAAGGAUGUAAAAGCAAAACUUGCAGCACCUAUUCCCGUGGAACGAAAACCAAAAAAAGGUAUGAAAACUGUGAAGCAGCGUUUAGGAAAAAUACUUAAAAUCCACAAAAUGAUACACUAAAUCAUGAUAAAAAAUCUCGCCUUCGGCAAAUUUGUACAGAAUCAUCUUAAAACGUAGCUGUUUUUUAAAAGUGUGUUAAUUGAAUUGGAAGCAACACUCAAGAUUUAUUGCUGUAAUGUUUAAAAAAAGACUCGACGUAUAUGAACGUUUUAUAUUAUCAAUUCUGAUGAUUGAUUUUCUUUUCAUCACAUAUAAUUCAUCACAAAGAACGGAGAAAGAUUGUGAUUUUAGGUUAUUAAUUAGUGUAUAUGCGUGACACACAAUUCCUCAGCGAACAAUAAUUUGUUUGAUACUGAUUGACAUCACGAAUCAAUAAUAAUGUACAAAAUUUUGAUUCUGAAAAUAAGAAAUUGACCGUGCGAAUUUUAUGGAAUGUACAAAUGCUUAAUAUCUAUCUAAGUGUGUGUAACUUAGAUAAAUAUAAAUGAUUCACCCUAGAUUAUCUAAAAUAGAUACUGAACAUUGUAAAUUGAUUAUUGUACAGUGAAUAUAAUAAGAUUUUUAAUAUAUUGUACAAACAUACAUAAAUUUAAGUGAUGAAUUUCUAGAGUUUUCUAAAUAGUAUAUAGUUAGCACUUUUUAAAAGAGGCUAUAGAAUAUGAAAUUUUUUGUACAUUUGGCUAGCUUCUAGUUUACCCUCUACGAUAUAUAUAUAUAUAUAUACACACACACAAACACACACACACACACACACACACACACAAGAAUAUUUAGAUUGUUAAUAAGCUAAGUUUUUUUUUAUAAAAAGUAUGUGAAUUUGAACUUGUGUUAUUCAAAACAAAAGCAGCUUUGUUGUGAAAGACAAACUUGGAAACAACGACAAUAAGGAAUUAUCGUCGUUAUUAAUUUUAAAAGCUUCAUUAUUUUCAUAUACUGUUUAAACAAAUACGUAAUUUGUAAUUAUCAACGUCAUAUUGUGAGUUUCAUCACGUAUUGUUACUUAUUUAACAGGGAGAUAGCAAUAUUUGUGAAUUAAUAUUGUAAAAUUAGUUUUUAACUCUAAAAAUAGCAUACAGCAGUAUUAUACAUAGUGUUGAAAAUCACAUUCAUCUGUGAGUAUUUAAAACUGAAUUAUAAUUCUAUCUGUUAUUUUCACGCAAUAAGAAGAUAAAAAAAUACCUACCUAAAUGCAGGUAAUGAAAGAAUAAAAAAUCAAAGAUGAUGUGUAAUUCACGGAUCGCGAUCAAGUCUUUGGAUUAGGCAUUCUCUAGUUGAUUAUUCAUAAACUGUUUAAGUACAAAAACUUGACUGAAAUUUUUUAUCUAUAAAAAUAAUGAUCACCCAUUUUCACUCAAAGUUAAUUUCACUAGUACUUGCAAUAAAAUUGUAUUUCCAUUUUUUUCUCAAAUUUUAUUGCACUGAAUUGUACUUAUUCAUUAAGAUUUAAAAACUCGUAAUUUUGCAUACUGUUUAACAUUAUAAGACAACGAUUUAGGUGGUUAAAAACUACUAUUUUAAAUAGUCCUAUUAGUGUACUAAUCGAAAUGGAUUGUUAAACAAUCACUCAAUGUGGUUAUAUUGCAUAAGUAUUAAGAAAUAAAACUUUAAAUAAAAAGCUUUUUAGAUUUUAGAAAUGAACGAAGUGCGUUGAACAAUAACCUAUAGCCACGAAACAAUUAUAUUUUUUGCUCUUGCGUUCUUUUCUUUUUUUUGUGAUGAAAGCUUUGCAUAGUUUAACUAUGUUGAAAAAAAAGAAUAGCCCAGUGAUACGGAAAAAUAUAACAUAAUAAUGUAAAUAAUUCUUUUUAAACACAGACUAUUAUAAAACUUACUUAUUUAUAACUUUAA